AUGGGCUUGGAAAAUUACACCUCUAUCACAAACUUUGUCUUGUUGGGUUUGACAGACCUAGCACAGCUUCAAGUGAUUUUGUUUGUAUUUUUCUUGAUAUUUUAUAUAAUAAACCUGAUAGGUAAUUUCUCAAUCAUGGUCCUCAUCAUCAAAGACACAAGCCUUCAAACCCCCAUGUAUUUCUUUUUAUGGAAUCUAUCAUUUCUUGACAUUUGCUAUUCUUCUGUGACUGUUCCAAAGAUGCUCAGUGAUCUCAUGGCGAUGGAAAAGACAAUUACUUUUGCCGGCUGUAUCUUGCAAAUGCAUUUCUUCCAUUUCCUGGGUAGCACAGAAGUCAUGCUACUUACAGCAAUGUCAUAUGACAGAUAUGUGGCCAUAGGUAAUCCUUUGCGCUAUUCCAACAUUAUGAACAAUAGAGUUUGCCAAAAUUUGGCGGCAGGCUCAUGGAUGACUGGAUAUUUCCACUCUCUGUUACACACAGUGAUGACUGCAAAGCUACCAUUUUGUGGACCUAACUUGGUGAAGCAUUUUUUCUGUGAUAUUAAACCAGUGCUAAAGUUGGCUUGUGCUGACACUUCUCUUAAUCUGAAACUUCUUACCAGGGUCACUGGAACACUGGCCACAACAACUUUACUACUAACUCUUCUCUCUUACUUAUUCAUAAGCAAGUAUCUCCUAAAAAUACGGACAGCAGAAGGUCGGAAACGUGCGUUCUCCACUUGUAGUGCUCAUCUUACUGUUGUCUUUCUCCUGUAUGGAACAGCUAUUUUUACUUAUUCACGACCAUCCACACAAGAUUCUUUAGAUGAAGACCGAGCUGCUGCUGUGCUGUUUACUGUCAUAACACCAGCAUUAAACCCAAUUAUAUAUACACUAAGGAACAAAGAUAUGAAGAAAUCAAUGAAGAAAGUUGUAAAGGAUUUCCAAAUCAGACUCAUAGGCAAAAAAUAG